GCGACGGUAAGAUCUCACUUGAACUUCAAUGCCAUCACAUUUGUGCAUGUGCACUCUUCGCAAUCCGUUACCGGCCGCCCUAUUCCAACUACCACCCAUCGCUUCAAGACCCGUAAGCCUAACACGAGGCGGUAGGCGAUGACAGGUAUACUCUGCGAGUGCCCAGAGAUCUAGGUUCGCAUCCUCUCGGCAGGUUUCACAAUGGCGAACGCAAAGCCGGUCCCGCCUCUCGAUACGCUCGAGGUGCUGGUGAACGAUGUGCUCGUCCAGGCUGGGAAAGCCUUCAAGUCGAGUCGACGGGAUGCACGCCGUGUGCCAUCGUUGGCGAGUGUCAAUAAGAUAAGAGAUAUACAUGUUGAUUUCAACUCGGCACUCGAUGACGUCGAAAGCGAACUGAUUCGCGCAAAGGCGGUUCUACAACGGGACCUCGACCAACUGCGCGCCAAACGGCGGCCCGUCGUGAUCCCUGAGCCCGUCAUGAUUCCCCUGGCACCGACCGGCCUUACUCCGGUCCUUGGAGCCCCGGCACCUCCCCCGGGCUCGCUGCCGAUGGCGGGGUCGGGCCCUGGGCCUGGCCCCCGGAACGUGCCCAAGCAGCCGGCCCUCCAUCCGCCACCAGCCUCUCGGCCGGUUCCCCGGCCUAAACAAGGGGCCCCCUUUCCAAACAUGGGCAUCGACCCCCCACCCCCUGGUCCUAGUCCCCAACCCGGUGUGCCCAAGGUGAAGGCAGAGCCGCACACUUCCCAGCUCACCGGACCCGCGAAGCCGACAGCAACAGCACAAGCGGUGAAGCCGGGCGCUAAGGGUGGUUCGCCCGCCGUCAAGAACGCUUCGUCAUCGCUCGCCCUCAAGUCAGUCCCGCCCGCCGGCAAGGUUACCUCGCCGGCAAAAAAGGCGAUUCCAUCUCCGGUGGUGAAGCCGGGCUCCCCCGCGAUGAAGGCGACACCAUCUCUCCCCUCCUCAGGAAAGACGAACUCUCCCGUUCCCGCCCCUGUCAGGCCAGUCCCCAAGGCAACGCCGCCAACGGUGCCCAAGCCUUCCCUUACGCCAGCCUCGGCACCAAAGAGUGCCGCAGUUGUUCCAACUGCUACUGCCCCAGCACCAACUCCCGCCCCCACGCCGCCCGUCCCACAUGCCCCCGCGGCCCCGAUGGCUGUGGCUAUACCGGCUCAAGCACCCACACCCGCUCUAGCUUCUGGUAUCCCGAAUCCUGCACAACUCGCGCAGGCGAUAGGCCAGCCUGACCAACUAACCGGGAUGCUGGAAAUGAGCAACGCGGCAUCGGGUGGAGGCGGCGGUGUUCUCCAUCCUGGCGCGACAGCGGCCCCGCAUCUCAACUUCACCGAUAUGCAGUUCUCACUUGCCCCAGGUAACAUGGAUCCCCAGUCCCAGCCACAGAGCCACCCACAGGGUGCAGCAGGGACAGACGGCGUGGACACCGAGUUCGAUCUCGAGACCUAUGUGGCCGACGCCACAAACAACAUUCUGUCGGACAGCUUUUCCGGCAGCGGUGGCAACCAACCGUCUGCUGCCAUCGCCGACAACGCCUCCCGUCCCAUAGAUCUCUCUAAUGGCGACAGUGCCAGCGCCUCAUUCAAAAGCUCGGGUGCAGAAGCACUGAAUAGCAACAUGGAUGACCUCUUCAAGAUGGAUGCCGACAUGGAUCUUGGAGCUGCGGGUGACACGAACUUUGACGAUCUUUGGAUCGAAGGGGACACCGCUAUGGAAGACUUUUUUGACCUCUCUUAAAGGUUGGCGGCUCCUUCCUUUGGCAUUGGCAUGCAUAUUUGAUCAUAGGGAGGACAAGACGAGAAAAGAGGGGCCCAGCAGUAAUUGGGUUAAUACCAGGAUAUAAUAUAGGGUAUCUACAAUCAAGUUUCUGGGGAAGUGGUGAUAGAUGAUGGUGCCUCGAGAUGCCCUGAGCAUCGACUACGGAAGGGAACAAAAAUUAAACCAGAUUCAAGGGCCCUGCGUGGUUUCCCACAUCUUGCCCAUCAGGUUCUUCAAGUCGCCAUUCCUC